UUAAGAUUUUUUUCCCCAUUCUUUUCAAUGGCCACUCUCUCUUACUGUACUCUUCAUGCUUUAUCUUCUUUUUCUUCUUCAUCAAGCUUGAUUCACCUUUCUCACUCUUCUUCUUCUUCUUCUUCUUCUUCUUCUUCUUCUUCUUCCAUACUCCUCCAACUACCUUCAAAUCCCAGGUUCACGUUCAAAUGCAAAACCAAACCAAUAACAAAGCCAAGGCUUUUGAUGAUCAUUGACCCUAUUUUGCUCUUUAAUGGAAUUGGAACCACUUUGUAUUUUGACACCCAAACCCUUUUAGCCACCGUUAGUGUUUUGGCUGCCAUUGCUCUUUCUCUCUUCCUUGGUCUUAAGGGAGAUCCUGUGCCUUGUGAGCGUUGUGGAGGCAAUGGUGGGACAAAAUGUGUUUUCUGUGACAAUGGAAAGAUGAAGAAAGAUGCAGGGUUAAUUAACUGUAAAGUGUGCAAGGGUUCAGGAUUGAUACUCUGCAAGAAAUGUGGGGGUUCUGGCUAUUCUCGGAGGCUAUGAGCUGUGAAUAUAUCCUUUCAUAUCCAAUAUCUAAUAUCUAAUAUCUUUCUCUUCUGAAUAAUUUGUAGUUCAAUUUUUCUUUCAUAUGUAAAUCUUUUUAAUCCAUUUAAAUUGUUACUGUCACUUUCUUUGAAGUCCUUACUAUCUCAUAAAUUCAAAUAUAAAAGUUUUGAUCUUAAA